GGCUGUAAUAAAUUUUGCAGCACAGUUUUGAGGAGCAGCGAGUUGAGCUCGAUUAUUUACGCGCAAAUUUUCCCACUUAGACGUUGUCGUACACAACGAAAUGACUUUCGAGCGUCUUCAUUUGAACGCUGUGUUAUUUAUCACGACCGUUUUAGUUCCUUUAUUAACAGAGGGCCUCGGAGACUGGGCUUACCAUGGUCGUGACGAUCCAAGCAAGUGGAAGUACCAUUUUCCAGCUUGCAACGGCAGCCGACAGUCCCCAAUAAACGUUGUACCAAAACACACGAUUUUUGAUGCAGGGCUAGACGACCUUGUUGUUAAUUACGAGCCAAGCGUUUCAGCUGAGCUACAAAAUAAUGGACAUACUGUUAAAGCCACGUUCAAGACCGGGAUGUCCAAUAUCUCUGGCGCUGGACUUCUAUCGACCUAUCGAGCCCUCCAGGUGCAUUUUCACUGGGGAAGCGAUGACUCGUACGGUUCCGAGCACCAAGUUCUGGGGAAAAAAUACCCAUUGGAAAUACACAUUGUGCACUUUAAUACUAAAUAUCCUAACGCCUCAGUAGCUAUGAAAAAAGAGGAUGGCUUAGCAGUACUUGGUACCUUCGCCGAGAUUUCGGAGAAGGACAACCCUGUAAUUGAUCCUAUAGUGAAAAAGUUAAACGCGACUCAUUAUAAAUCAGAUACUGCUUUUAUUCCAUCAUUACAGCCUUUUUUAUUUCUACCACAUAAUUCUGCUGCAUUUUACACUUACAAGGGCUCGCUAACGACGCCGGGUUGUUACGAAAGUGUACAGUGGUUUUUGUUCAAUCACACGUUCAAGAUUUCUCAUGAUCAACUUGCUCACUUCAGGGAACUUUCUGAAAGGACACGCCAAAGUACAAAGGACGAACACUUGCAAGAUAAUUUUAGGCCUCCACAGUCUUUAAAUGGAAGAGUAGUCACUCGAAGUUUCGGUAAGUAUGAUAUUUGCUAUUCUGUUAAAUAUUUCAUGCAUGAAUUGUAUUGUAAACAAUAUUGAGCACGGUUGUAUACAAUACAUAACGGGGCAAUUAUUUAUAUGACAUCUGGACAAACAUACUCCAACAGAAAUAGUGGAAGUUUUAGAUUGGAAUUAGACCCGUUUUUCCGUUUCAUUUGUUUCUUACAAGGGGGAAAAUGCCAUUUUAUUCUUUAACAAAUUCUCUCGACUAAAUCUUCUAGGAAAUGUACAGAAAUCAGUUUGGAGAAUUUGUAUGUGGAUACUGGGGUUUAUAGGGUUAAUACAGAGUGAGAUACCCAGAUUUUAAACAUUUUCAAGGCUACGCUCUAAGAAAAAUGGGAGCCAAGUGCUCGCCUCUGAGCCUGUAAACUGAAUCCAGGGUGUCCAGUCUAUGAUUUUUGCGAAAGAAAAACUAUGAUUUUCAAGUUGCCCAAGAGCAAAAGUAAGGCUAAAAUGCACUGUCAGAGCAGGCUUUGGUACCUUCCCUUAAUGACUGCGUUAACCGGGUUCUACACUACUAUACCUGAUUUUUCACAUCCUCUGUUGUAGUCUAUGGUUCCAGGUUUGAGAUUUAAAAGAAUCUAAAAUUUUCCCCCAGGGAACCCUAAAAAACAGUUGUACAGUAGACCCUCCCUUAACUCUUUAAGCCCCAGUAUCAACUUAAAAAUUCUCCACACUGAUCUCCAUAUGGUUCCUUAAAAAAACUAGUUGAGAGAAUUUGUUUUAAGAUCAAAGCAUUUUCACUUAACUGAUGAUUUUAUUAAUUCUUAUAACCUUUUCUCUUGAUUAUGUAUGGUUGUUGUUAGGAGAAAAUUGAUGUUGGCCACUCUUGGGACUUGAGGGGUUAACGGACACCUCUGUAACAUGACAUGGACACCUAGAGUUGGUCCAUGCCUUUCUUUACUCCUUUUAUUUGAAUCACCUUAAGGUAGACAUCUCUUGAAGAAGGACGCCCAGUGCUGGUCCAAAAAGUAUCCAUGUUAGAAAGACUUGACUGUAUCUAUUCUUGAUUUCAGUGAACUAUAAUAGUGGAGCCCUCGCACUCUGUUCAAAGCGUGCAGUUUUCAAUGGAUUUGAUUGACAUUGUUCAUUGUUCUAUUUUCAGAGCGUCCACCAUUUCCAUGUGGUAAGACAUCCAGCACAACUCUGCAAUGCUCCCUCCUUGCUGAUGAUAAAUUUGUCUUUUAUGAGGCCAUAGUAAACAUGUGCACUAUACCAGCAACUGUUACUCUGGAUGUGUCUCAACCUGACAUUCAGGUCAAUUAUUCUAAGAUUUUAUACAGAGAUACUAAACCGAGGAAAAUUGGUAGGUAGUGUUAUAUUUGUCAAUUUUAUGUUUUACUUUUUAACUUUUGUUUGAAGUACGGUAGACAGUAGUUCCAGGGCUCGAAACAAGGUCCAUCUUUUCUACAGUCCAGGAAAAGUGGAUUUUUUUCUUCUCAUACUUGCAUGAAUUCUGUACUUAGUCUACACCUCACACCUCUGAAGCUAGGAACUACAUAUUUAGAGAGCAGUGAACCUGUAAUAAUUGGAAAAAUGUAUGGUAAUGAACUGCUUUUUUUUAUCUUUUUCAGGAAAUCUUAAUUAUGGAUUUGCCCUGGAGAUGCGACAGGCCAAACCUUCAACUUUACAUGUUUCUGUAAGAGCUCAUAAGCCUGAUUUUUUUCAGGCUUUCUUUUUGCAACUGCAUAAGUCGCAUAUUUAACUGAGAUGAUCUUCUCUACAUUAAUUAUUACUACUACUAUUAUAAUAAUCAUUAUUAUUCUUUGACAUUGUUUCAAGACUGACCCAAGUUUUUCAAAGAUGAUCAUAAUAUCUAAUGAUUUUGUAGGUCAAUCAAAUUCAUCCCUUCCCUGAUGGCCAGUCAUUUGAGGCACUUUCAGGAGAUUUUGAUGGUGGAGUGUGUCAGCUUAGUAAGACAUUUUUAAUGUUUCUUUUACUAAGAAGUUAACAGAGCUUAGCACUCUCUGUUGUUCUUGUAAGGGAUCCUUCUUCUGGGUUCGGAAUUAAGAACAUGCUCUAAAUUAACAUUUCUUGAAAGUUUUGUUUCUUAACAAUAUUCCCUGGCUAGUAAUAUGUGACAAAUACGUAGGGCAUGUUUAGCCAAGGUUCGAUGGCAUUCAUAAAAUGAAUGAGUUCUUUGCAGCUUUACUGGCACAUGAUACAAAAAAACACCUUCCUGGGAUGCAAAUAACACAGUGGGAUCUGGAAAAGAAAAGGAAAUUACCUUUUUUUAAUUAAAUGAUAUAAAACUAGCUCCCUUUCUCUUGCCCCAUUUGGACCAACAAGACUAGUUAUUUUGUAUUAUUGACUGUUUUUGCUUUUUCAUGGCCUUUAUUAAACUCCAUUUUUUUUCUAUCUCCCUCAUUUGUGACUUGAUGAGUGAUAGUAAUUCUACUUAUCUUUCAGGUCACUGCCUUGCACACUCAUGCAACAAGCAUUGGUGCGAUGGGACAGCUAUUGGCUACAUGAAUGACAUGCUAUACAUUGGCUUUUCUUCCAAAUUUCAAGAUCUCACUGCAGCAAAUCCCUCUGUUCAUGUUAAUUUCUAUCACAAUGAAACUGGGAAGUGGUAUUUAACUGACUCAGAGACAUUUACCGACAAUGAGGAGAAGGUCAUUCAUCUUACGGGGAUGAUGGUGCAAGACACACCUGCUGCAAAACAUCAUAAAAGAGCUGUGAAGUCACAGUGGGAAUAUGUCAAGUUUAAAGCUCAAAUUACUAAAAUGGAUGAUAAAGUCAAAUAUCAGGUUAAUUUCUUUGUGCUUUAACUUUCAAAGCAGUUUUUCACCCCCUGAUUUCAUAGUUGCUUUGUCCUCUUGGCUGUUUUCCAAGAUUACAUGUCAAAGCCCAAUAAUACGAACACUGAGGGUGCCAUGGAAAGUGUCUUUGUGUCCGUAUUAAGUUGGUUUAAUUUAUAGAAAAUGUACAAGGGCUUUCUUUCCCCAGGGACAAUGCAAACUGUCUUUAAUAAUGAGGUGUCAGUAUUAAGUGGGUGUCCGUGAAGCAGGGCUUGAAGAAUUUUGCUCGGGUUAAAACUGUGAUCGUUUGCUUUCUUUUUUCUCUAAAAUAGCAUUUUAUUGUUAUUUUUUGUUCUAGCUUCUUGUGGUGCCUUCAGAUGGUCUUUAUUAUCAAGUAAUAGAUGAUGAAUAUACAUUGGCUUGUGUUAAGCCUACCCCAGGUGACGUCUCUAAUAAUAUUAUCAAUUCUUUAUCAACCCUGCUAGCCCCAAUAUCCCACUUACAAAUUCUACUCAUCCUUAUGCAUUGCCUUAAAGAAUUAGUAGAGAGAAGUUGUUAAAAUAUCAAAGCUUUUACCCUUUGGUUUUUUUAUUCUCAAGACCUUUUCUGUUGAUGUUGGCCACUCUUGGGAUUUUAAGAGUUAUGUAAUGUUAGUUUAACUUUUGAACCUAUGGAUAUUAUGAAACUCUUUUAAAAGUGACCAUUCAAAUAAAGGCUACUGAGCAGUUCUUUCCUGUGUCAUUGUUUGUUUUUUAUAUACUGUACAAGGUGGUUCUAUUAUUUUUGUUUCUAUGGGAUAAAUCCUUAAGUGUGACCAUUCAAAUGAAAGCUAUCGUGCAUUACUUUCCCAUGGUACUUUUUAUUAUGCUGUACAAGGUGAUUCUAGCUUAACAGUCUGUGGAUGAAAUCCUUAAGUAUGACCAUUCAAAUAAAAGCUACUGUGCAGCUUUUCAUUUUGGUUUCAAUGAUAUUCUGCCAUUUUUAGUGACAUGUACUGGUUAAAACAGCAUCAAUGAUGGAUGAUUAUUUUUCUCUCCUAAGCAGGUCGCCUCAGCAAUGCCAGCAGGAUUGCCAUUGUGGCAUCAGUGGUGGGUAUGGUUCUGUUCCUUGCAGUUCUUACUGGAGUAUUCCUCUACUGCAGACGAAGGCAGUUAACAGGCCGCCAGCCAACACUGGUGGAUCAGAUAGAUAUCCAGGAUGACAACGACAAGUUAUAA